CACCACAAACCAUAGACAGCGCAGACAGCCUGACCGGGCAGGGGAUGGCCUGCCUGACCGCAGCGUUCAGUGCUGCCUCCAACCUGAAUGCCGGCAUCCCUUCCACCACAAUGUCAGACCCAAAGUCGGUGUGUGUGUCCUUGGACGAAGUGGUCUCCAACUGUGCCAACAGCCAGGAUACCCCACUUCUUAAUGGACAUUUAAAGAAGGUGGACAACCACCUCACCGAGGCUCAACGUUUCUCCUCUCUGCCCCGGAGGCCUGCCGUGAACAUUGAAUUCAGGGACCUGUCAUUCUCGAUUCCGGAAGGGCCGUGGUGGAAAAAGAAAGGAUACAAAACUUUGCUCAAGGGGAUCUCAGGAAGGUUCGGCUGUGGAGAGCUGGCAGCCAUAAUGGGUCCCUCGGGAGCUGGAAAGUCAACGCUAAUGAAUAUUCUGGCGGGAUACAGAGAAACAGGAAUGAAGGGAGAAGUUAUAAUUAAUGGACAACCGCGGGACCUGCGCACGUUCCGCAAAGUGUCCUGUUACAUCAUGCAGGAUGACAUGCUGCUGCCCCACCUCACGGUGCAGGAGGCCAUGAUGGUCUCUGCCCACCUGAAGCUCCAAGAGAAAGACGAAGGCCGAAGAGAAAUGGUGAAGGAGAUAUUGACAGCUCUGGGCUUGCUGUCCUGCGCUAAUACCAGGACGGGAUGUCUCUCUGGGGGUCAGAGGAAACGGCUGGCAAUCGCUCUGGAAUUAGUCAACAAUCCUCCGGUUAUGUUCUUUGAUGAACCCACCAGUGGUCUGGACAGCUCCUCCUGCUUCCAGGUGGUGUCUUUAAUGAAGUCGCUGGCUCAAGGUGGACGGAAUAUCAUCUGCACUAUUCACCAGCCCAGCGCCAAGCUGUUCGAGCUCUUUGACCAGCUUUAUGUAUUAAGCCAGGGACAAUGCAUCUACCGUGGGAAAGUGUCAAAUCUCGUCCCCUACCUGCGAGUCCUGGGAUUAAACUGCCCAACCUAUCACAACCCGGCUGAUUUCGUAAUGGAAGUGGCCUCAGGAGAGUAUGGAGACCAGAACCCCAGGCUGGUCCGAGCUGUGCAGGAAAUGGGCACUACGGAGCUGAAGAUGGACAAUUGUGGGGAGAAUGAACCCAACCCAUUCAUGUGGCACACACCGGCUGAUGAGGACUCCUUACCCUCAGAAGGAUGUCACAGCUUCUCCGCCAGCUGUCUCACUCAGUUCUGUAUCUUAUUUAAGAGAACCUGUCUUAGCAUCAUGAGGGACUCGGUGCUGACCCACCUCCGUAUAACAUCACACAUAGGAAUCGGGCUGCUCAUAGGAUUACUCUACCUUGGAAUUGGAAAUGAGGCGAAAAAAGUUCUGAGCAACUCGGGUUUUCUCUUCUUUUCCAUGCUCUUCCUGAUGUUUGCCGCCCUCAUGCCAACAGUCCUCACCUUUCCACUUGAAAUGGGUGUGUUUCUCAGAGAGCAUCUCAACUAUUGGUAUAGCCUAAAGGCAUACUACUUAGCCAAAACAAUGGCCGACGUCCCCUUCCAGAUCAUGUUCCCGGUAGCGUACUGCAGCAUUGUGUACUGGAUGACGUCACAGCCUUCAGACGCAGUGCGGUUUGUUUUGUUUUCUGCCCUUGGUACAAUGACGUCGCUGGUGGCUCAAUCUUUGGGCCUCCUCAUAGGUGCCGCAUCCACUUCACUGCAGGUGGCGACCUUUGUGGGUCCGGUAACUGCCAUCCCGGUUCUCCUCUUUUCAGGAUUCUUUGUUAGCUUUGACACCAUACCUGCUUAUCUUCAGUGGAUGUCUUACAUGUCUUAUGUCAGAUAUGGAUUUGAAGGGGUGAUAUUAUCAAUUUAUGGCCUCGACAGAGAGGAUCUUCACUGCGACAAGGAUGAAACGUGCCAUUUCCAGAAGUCGAAAGCCAUUUUGAAGGAACUUGAUGUGGAGGACGCCAAACUCUACCUAGACUUCAUCAUCCUCGGAGUCUUCUUUGUCGCGCUGCGUCUCAUAGCCUACUUUGUCCUCCGAUAUAAAAUCCGGGCAGAGAGAUAAAAACCCGGGAAGGCAGUAGAGAUAACUGAGACUAGAUAUUACCAAGGGAAAUACAGAAGAACCGACUUGUCCUACUACACUGGCCAAGCUAUGGAUGAUUGUGGAGAUGCCACCGAGAC